UGUUAGCCAGGGACGGAUUGAGGGCAGAGGGAAUUGUUAGCCUGUUUUGGAGAUUGGGAAGGGGAUACGAUGUUGUAGCAUGGCUGAGGUAAUAGAUUUUCUGUAUUCUGCACCUGGGACGGGCAACCCCGGGACAGAAUGGGGAGUGAGAGGCUGGACGGCAGCCAGUGGAAAGGGACAUGGGGGUCUUGGUCGAUGGCAAGCUGAACAUGAGCCAGCAGUGCCCUGGCAGCCAGGAGGGCCAGGCGGGUUCUGGGGGCAUCAGGCACAGCAUGGCCAGCCAGGCUAGGGAGGGGAUUGCCCUGCUCUGCUCUGCCCUGGGACAGCCUCACCUUGGAUAUUCUGUGCAGUUUUGUACCUCACAGGAAAGACAUUAAUCUCUUGGAGAGCUUCCAAAGGAGGGCCAUGAGGAUGGUGAAGGGUCCUAAGGGGAAGCCAUAUGAGGAGUGGCUGAGGUCAUUGUUCUGUCCAGCCUGGAGAAAAGGGGACUGAGGGGAGACCUCAUUGCAGUCUGCAACUUCCUCGGGAGGGGGCUGGUACCAAUCUCCUCUCUAGUAACCAGUGAGAGGAUUUGAGGGAUGGAUAGCCUAAAGCUGAUUUAAAGGCAUGUUUGGACAAUGCUGUCAGGCACAUGGUGUGAUUCUUGGAGUGUCCUGCAUAGGGCCCGAAGUUGGACUCAAUGAUUCUGACAGGACCCUUCCAACUCAGUGUAUUCUGUGAGUCUAUAAAUGUUGGGGACUUUGGGAGUGGAGGCUUCUGGUAGUGCAGCUGCUCAGUAUAUGGAGAUUAUUAUGUGAGUGCAAGUGCUAGUUUGGAUGGUGUUAAUGGUAAUGAUUUGGCUCAUGGGAGUGGUGAGCUGCUGUACAGGUGGUCUCUGUAAACAGUGUCUGGAAAGUCACUGUAGUUGGGUUGCAGUGUCAGGAAACUGCAUGCUCCUUCUGAGGAUGCAAUAACAGUGUAGUUGUUGCUUGAGAUAGUGCUGGUGCUGAUAAAGAGGAUCAGUCAAGAGCCUCACAGUUUUGUUUGGGAGAACAAAUAGAUCUUUCCAUCUCUAAAUAUUGUACUGUGGGUUUCAAAUGUGCAGUCAAUCCUCAGUCCCCUUAAAUAUGUUCCUCUCUCUCUCAUGUGUGAGUAUUUUCUAUAGUUUGCAAAAUCCUUUAUUGUAGCAUGUGUUCUUUCACCUUUUGUAGCUUGGAGGCUUUCUUGUUCUACUCUACUUGGGAACAAUUUCAUAAAUAUAUCACUGGAGUUCAUCUGAGUCUGUAGUUUAAAAAAAAACAAACACCCUAAGCUUUUUCAAAAUACUUCUACUCAAAAUUUUCUGGUUUGUAUCCAGUUUUAAGCAAGGAAUCUGAUUAUCCAUUUAGUGAAAGGGACAGAAGCAAUUUAAAGAAAACCUUAGGGAGUGCUGUAGUGAUCUUCAGUUUCUGGGGAAAAUCAGUGAAAUAAAUGCUCAAGUGGAAAUGGAAUCAGUAGCAGUCCAGUUAAUUCUGCACUGAAGAAGUGUGAUGGAUUCUUUUUUACUCUUAACAAGUGUAUCCUGCACUUGAGCAUUCGGUUUGGAAAUUUCAAAGGGGUCUAGGAGGAACAAAAUACCUAACUUCCUGCCUCUGAGGUUUUUUGCUUAAUUACUUGCUUGUUUGGGUUUCUUUUAAACCCUUUUUAUUUAUCUCAUGUCUUGCAACAGCCAUGUCUUUAGGAUUUUUGGAAGUUUAAUGAAAAAAUAUUGUACUGAACUGGAAACUGCAAAGUUUGUAUAUGAAAUAGGACAAAAAGUGACAUGGCCUUGCUUCAGGGUAUGGGGAGUGUGGUGAGAAGGCACAGGACAGUGUUUGGGUUGCAGUGCAUCUGCCAAUAGUUUCACUUCAUUACAUUGAUUUCACUUACUUGCUUAUGUGGUUUUUUACUGUAUUUUUUCCUGUUUACUUGUGCUCAUUUUAACAGGAAAAAGUAUCCAGCCUGCUGUAUUUAGUCACAGAACAAGUUUUUAUCAAUUUCACCUAUUAUUGUAAAAUUCAGAAUUCAAAUUCAGAGAAGCAGUUUAAUACAAAACCAGGUGAUAUACAAUAUUACUGCUCAUGCAGUAAUAAAACAUUCUAUAUUAUGUAAACUAUUUCGGUUUGGAAAAUUGGAUUAUGUGACUGCUAAAAGCGAGGAAUCUUCAUAAGUGCCCUUUCUUGUGACAUUUUUUAUUUUGUGUGAUAUAUGCUACCAGUUCCAUUGCAGAACUGUUCAUUGUCAGUGGAAUUCUGAGGUUGGUAGUUGUGACAGCAUGCCCAGGGAAUAUUGCUGAAAUGCAUAUCCCCUCAGAAAGUGCUUUUGUUCCAGCUCUGACAAUGAAAACUGGUGUCAGAGUUGUGGUGAAAGGGAGAUAUUCAUAGUGCUAGGAGAACAGAAGGAGAGAGAAAGAGUGAACAAGUGGACUUGAUAAAACAAGCAUGAUAAAGAAACAAAGGACUGGAAAAGGAGCAACAUCUGGUUUGAUUUGCAAGAAUUAAAAGACAACCUGUAGCAAGGGAUGCAAUAAGUAACUGGUGAUAGAGAACACUGUAUCUACUCAGGUGCACAUUACAUAUAUAUACAUUACAUAUAUAUGUAUACACACACACACAUAUAUAUGUGUAUGUAUAGAUAUGUGUAUAUAUAGAGAGAGAUAUAUAGAUAUAUAUAUGUAGACAUGGGCCUGAGUGCUACCCCUGAGCAGGAUUGUUGCUGUCAAAAACCAACUUGUUUUACUUUAUUUCAGAACUGUUACAAGCUUGUCACAAGUGACAAACGCCAGUGAACACACAAUGUUUUGUAAAUGAUUCAUCUCUAUAUUUUUUUCCUUCACUUCUAGCACAAGUAUUAAAAAAAUAAAAAAAAAACCAAAAAAAACCCCCAAAAAACCAUGGAAGAGAGUAAGAAAAAGAAGAAACCAGAAGAGCAAGAUCAAGAGCCUGAAUCAGAUUUACCCGAAGCCUUACUAGAAUAUCACAUUGCGGCAAAAGAAGCAGCAAUUGCACGGGUUUUGUUUCAUCUGGAAGGAUUGGAAGAAAAGAUCAAAGAAAAUAUUAAAAAGAAUGUUGUUCUGAAGGAAGAACAAAAGGUGCUUAUCAGGCGCUUAGUAAGGCAAAUAGAAGAAAAGGAGAAAAAACGAGAUGAGAAGGAGGUUGUAACCAGGGAUGAUGUGGAAGAGUCACUGAAAGCAGUUUUUCAGUUUGUGAAGGACAAGGAACAACUUCUUCAAGAUCUGCGCUCCCAAAUUGAAGAAACUAAGAAAAGAAUUGCAGAAAAGCAGCGUGAGAGAGAUUAUUGGUUGGAGUACAAAAAUGUUGGAAGUAAAAUACAUGCUGAGAGGAUUAGCAGUCUGGAAAAAGACAUUGCUGAUGUCAAAUAUGAACUUGAAAGAACUGAAGAAUAUUAUAAAGAAGCUUUGGAAGUUGUGAAAGAAGAAAAUCAGAAACUGUUUGACAGGCACAUGAAAUUACUCAGUGAAGAAGCUCUUAAGAAUGCUGUGGGAUACUUAGACAAAGACUGUCGCAGAGAGAUUGAGGAGAAUGAGUGGCUCAAAGAAGAGGUUAAGAUCUACCGAAAGGAAGAAAGGGAUUUGAAAGCUUCUGUCCAGCUCCUGGAAGAAGAAAAUACCACUUUAGUGGCAAAAUUGAUUGAUAUCAAACUUCAGCAACUAGGAGUAUCAGGGUAUUUGUUUCAUACAAAGGGAGCUGGCUUGCAAGAACUUCCUAAGGAUGAAAUAAAAAGGGGAAAAAGAGAAUAUACAGCAAAGACAGAUGGAAAGAGCCUCAGAAGUGCAUUUCCAAAGAUUCGGGCUAAAACAGAUUAUAAGAAGCCUCCAGACAGUGAUGAAAAAUCACGGAAAAAAUUCUUCACUCCAGCCCUAGACAGCUUGUUGUAUGAAGAUGAAGAAGAGUUCCAGGCAUACUCAAAACUGGGACCUCUGAAGAGAAAGCUGCUCGUGGUUGGAAAAGCUGUGCCUGCUUGUAAGGAGCCAGAAGAAAUGCCAAGCUGGAGCCACAGAGAAAAGGAUACUGUUGGUGUCUCCUUGGGCUGCAGGUGAGUCCCACUGGUCUCUGGGCUCCACUGACCAAGCUCCUCCAAGGCUGGGAUCACAAGCAGACAGGUAAAGGUGGCAGACUCCAGGUAAAGGCAGACCUCACCUCACACUGACUCACUUCUCUGCCAUGUGGUGAACAGUAAAGGGAGUUUGGAUGUGCCCCUGCUGUAACCCAGUGGAGUGACUGUGAAGGCUGAGGUGAUUCCUAUCUCUUGAGUGUCCAUGGAAUGGGGAUCUGUACUUGGGCUGUGUGUGCAGCCAAAGAGAUGCCUCCCCUCAGCUCCCCUGCCUUGCUUUCAGUGCAGUGCACGCCCCAUGAAAUGGCUGACUUGAAAGAGAGAUUAGUUCUGCUCAGUGAUUAGUUUAGCUUCUCCUUUAGAUGCAGAAUUACAAUGUGGCUUAUGCUGAAUGGCUUUUCUGUUAAAGAAAGGCCUCUCCUUCCCACCACUCCCCAGAGCAGAUUUACAUUUUCUAGUGGUGUACAUGUAUGGCCCUUCUAUAGGCUUCUCUUGGCUUAUGCCCAUAAUGCAUAACGCCAUGUGCAGGACAUAUGGCAGGACAACAUCAACCUGCACCCUGGAAAAAAGAAUCCUUGCCUCCUCCAGUCAGUUUAGCCUUUUCCCAUAACAGCCUGUAUGGCUGAGAGGGAGUUAAAAAGAAAUCCCAAACAUGCUAAUUAGGGUACAAGCCACAGGCAGCCUGCACAAGCCAGAAGCAACAGCCUUCAGCAAAACAUAGUUAGUGAAGUGUCCCAAAUCCCCUUGAUUUCUACAGGAUUAGCAUUAAGGCCACUGCAGGGCUUUCAUAUGGAGAAAGCUGGGUCUGCAGCCCAAGGCAUCUGGAUUUGAUAAAUUUGUUACUAGCAAAAUCUCUGAGAAAUGAGAAGCAUGUUCUAAAACAGGGGGCUGAUCAGUCACUUUCUGGCAGCACAGCCAGUGCUUCCAAGCCCCACUUGGAGUUCACUAUUCCAGUCAGGACCAAACUUAUGGGAGUCACCCUUGUAUUCCCAGCAUUAUGAAAUACUUUUUCUUUACUGUGUUAAGUGUUGCACAAGACAACUCUAGGAUGCAAGCAAGGGUCCUGGUAUCUCCACAAUUACAAUCAAAUCUAAGCUUCAGCUGAGCUAGUUAUGUGUUUAACUAGAACAAAGCUCAUAGAAAUUUGCAGUUUCAACAGGAAGAAAAAGCCCAACAAGUAUUCACUGGAAUUCAAAAUUAAAGAAAUACAAACAUCACUCCAGUUGCAUGGAAAUAAAAACUAUUUUAAUAGAACUGAGGUCCAUGAGCUGGAACUGAGAAACAUCAAUCCAUGGAAUGUCUAAAAAGCACAAUGGGGAGAGGUGUGCUGAGAGCCUGUAUCCACUCCAGUGAUGAAAGGAGCUGCUUACCUCAGCACUCUGCUGGCUUGAACCCCCUCUGAGCAACUGGCUUCUCCUGCUUUAUAGUCUGGCUGUGCUGGUAUGCUCUCCCCAGCCUGAGCUGCAGGGAAUGGGGGUGAUUUCACUUUUGGUCUGGUUUGUACGAGGUCUGCAGCCUCCACUGCAGCGAGGUUUUAUAACAAAGCAAUCUUUCCACAGGUUCAGACCUGCACGUUUUGGGAAAGGAGGGUUAAGAGACUCGCUCUGCAGCAUUUGUUCUUGUUUGGCUGCUUUCUGAGUGAGAAGUUAUUAAACACUGCUUCUGUGGGCUAAAAGGAGUUUGCCAGAAUAAGGUCAAGGCAGAAGGUAAUGGACUGAAAAGUUACACAGCAGUGACAAGCACAGAACAGAGAAUCUAUUGGUGUUAGCAUCUUUAGCCACUGAUGUUUUGCAGCUGGAUGUUCCUCCAAAAAAACGCUUUUCCUUGGAUUUUGAGUCAACUGUGAAAGUAAGGAUGUUUUUUGCAAUACUACAUUUCAGAGCUCAUAUUCUGCAGUCUCGCACAAAUACCAUAAUGUUUUAGGACGCCAGCACGCCAACAAGAUGCCAAUAAAUGUUCCCAUAUGUUGACAACUGAACAUUAAGCCAUGCUGAAAACUAGGAUUUAACAUGCUGUUGGAUCUUUGCUCACUUAGUGAUUAAAGUAAAACAAGCUAAAAUUCUAUCAAGUACCACUUUUCUAAAAAACUCCAGUACUUGGGCAAUUGCUAUAGCUGGCACAGGGAAGUUCAGCAGUUACUGCCAAGAACAAAGCAGAGAUCCAUGCUAUGAAAAUAAACCCAAGACCCCAGUGCUCCUUGUGUACUGCAGCUGCUGGAUAUCCAAAGUACUAUGCUUGCAUCCAACACUUUCUCUGUACCCAUUUGCUGUAUCACCUCACACAGAAAUUAAAGCAAGUUGUCUCUUU